UUGAUUCUCUUCCAGCUAAGUAAACGAGUGGAGGAAGGGAUAGGGAGUGGCGGUGGAUCGAGAUGAGUCAGUGCGUGCCGAGUUGGGAGGUCGAUGACCCGCCGCCUCCGCCGCCUUCCGCCCUUCAUUCAGCCUGCGUCGGCGACGCCGGCCUCUGUGGCGGGGAGCUGGGAAUGGACUACGAGAUCGCCGAGCUGACGUGGAAGAACAGCCAGCUGGAGCUCCACGGCCUCGUCCCGCCUCGUAGGUCCCCAGUUGCCUCCGCCGCCGGAAGCGCGGAGUGGAGCAAGAACCACCGGAGUGGCACCCUUGAGUCGGUCGUGAAUCAGUCCGCCGCCGGCGGAGGCGGCCGCCGCGAGCUGGCAAGCCACGAAUUGGCGGACUGGUACGGCGGAGAGCCGCGCCACCCCCCGGGGGCGGCGGUCGACGCGAUCGUCCCCUGCCACGACGCCGUCGCCAACAGCGGCGGCGCAAGGAAGCGGGCGCGAAUGACGGGGGUGUGCUCGAGCCAGGGCAGCGCGGUGGGGUCCCUGGCCACCACGCUGAUGACGCUGGACACGUGGAGGGAAGAAGAGAACGACGGCGGCGCGGCUGCCACCGCAACCACCACCGCCUAUACGGCUGCCACCGCAACCACCACCGCCUUUACGGCUACCAACUCGACCUCGUCGGAGACGGAGAACACGAGCUUCGGGGGGAAGAGGAAGGUGCUGGGCGUCUACAACCACGUCUCCAUCAGCCACACCAGCUCCGACACCAGCUCCGACACCAAGCAUGAUAGUUUCUGCGACGAAGUAGAGAAAACCACCAAAAGCGAGGCGGAGAAAGCUUCAGCCUCCACCAGAAAAAGCAGAGCCGCCGCCGUCCACAACCAGUCCGAACGUAAAAGGAGGGACAAGAUCAAUCAAAAGAUGAAAACCCUACAGAAGCUGGUCCCUAAUGCAAGCAAGACCGACAAAGCGUCGAUGCUGGACGAGGUGAUUGAGUACUUGAAACAGCUACAAGCUCAGAUCCAGAUGAUGAGCAAGUUUAACAUGAUGAUGCCGAUGGCCCAGGCGGCAGCGAUGCCGCAGCUUCAAAUGCCGGUGAUGACUGCCCACGUCCCCCAAAUGCCUCAGAUGGGAAUGGGUUUGGGCCUGAUGGACUUAGCUUCGAUGAGUCGACCGAUGCCUCCCCCCGCUUUUCCCCUCCUCAAUCCGUCGGCGUUCCUCCCGUUCAUGUCGGCUGGGGGUUGGGACGCCUCCGGAGAUCAUCGGCGUCUCGCCGGCGUCCUCCCUGAUCCUUACACGGCCCUCAUGGCUUGUCAAAUGGCACAACAGCAACCAAUGAGUUUGGACGAGUACAGUAGGAUGGCUGCAUUGUUCCAGCAGUUUUAUCAGCAGCAACCGCCGUCCAGUGCCAAGCAGUAGGAUUCAUGCCUUGUCUUGUGAUUCCUUGUUUACACUAUAUAAAUAUACACAUAUAUGUAUGCAUAUGCAUUAUGUAUAUAUGCAUGUAUUUGGAUUCUCCAAGUGAGAGACUAAUAUUAUGUGUUUUGUUCAUUGAA